CAGCAGCAGCAGCAGCCCGAGCCUGGUGACAUCAGCGCGCGAGGGCUUCAACAGCCACCUGCUCCCAGGCGGAGAGACACAGAGGAAGGGAGAGAAACUGCUGGGACACCCCCACCCCGCGCCACGCACACACACACACACACACACACCAGGAUCCUCCUCUUCCUCCUUCCACCCCUCCAUCCCUCGGAGAAGACUCCCCCCGACCAGAAAUGGAAGCAAACAACCAUUUUAACUUCACUGGCCUUCCGUCUUCACCUGCUGCCUCAGGACUGAAACCUGCGCCUUCCUCAGGGGACAAUGUCUACACAAAUGGAUCUCCCAUGAACUUCCCCCAACAAGGGAAAAGUUUGAAUGGAGACAUGAAUGUCAAUGGCUUAUCUACUGUAUCUCAUGCUAGUACUUCAGGGACCCGCUCCUCAACCAACUCCCAACUCCACCACCCCUAUGACUAUCUCUGGAACUACUCUCAAUACCCAUCUGGCAAUGGCAACAACCUCAAGGACGGUCCACUGUUUUCACAGUAUCCAGUGAAUGGUACUGUUGGGGGCAAUCGGCAAGCCUCACCAGGGCAUACCACCAAUUUGAGGGGAGGUGGUGGGCAAGAAUUCUGGGCUAAUGGCACCCCAGGGGCCAUGGGACUAAACUUUGACUCGACAGAGCUCUACGAUUCAUUUCCUGAUGAUCAGAAUUUUGAACUCCUACAAAAUGGCCCAUCCAGCUUCUACACAUCAUCUCAGCCUUCCCCGAUGCUUGGUUCAAGCAGCCAGGACUUCUCUCCACAGCAAGAUGAGCCAGGCAAUGAAGAGACUGUGAAAGAAACUUCAUCUACAGUCUCGGAAAAUGGCACAAGGUUGUUGGGCAGCAUGGAACUGGAGAGCACACAGCCAGAGUUGAAAAUGUGUGGCUACAAUGGUUCAUCUCCGGUUGGUGAGCCUCUCAGCCAGGAAGCUUCUGUCUUGGAGCCUGAUGCUGGAGGAACUUGUAUAGAAGAUGCUUCUCGGAUCCCUCCUCCUCUGGAGGACUCCUUGGAGCCUUUUGAGUCACUGGACAGAGACCCAGGGACAGGAGAUCUCUAUGAGAUGGAUACAUCUGAGCUGGUGAGCGGCAAGUCCCCUCUGGAAGAACCUCCUGACAUCUCUGCCCUGGAUUGCCCUGGCACCCCGUCUCUCAACCCCUCUGACUCUUUCAGCUUAUUGGCAGAUGACAGUCAGCCUGACACCUCACUUUUUGGAAGUGCCAAUUUGCCACCUGUUCUUGGAGAGUCUGUUUUGCAAGACAGCAGCCUGGAGCUGGCAGCUGUGAGCGAAGUGGGGCAAGAGGGCACAGAGUUCCUGGGUUCACAAGCACCACUUGAACCAGAAGCUGCAGAUGCCCCCAUUAAAGAGGUAGCCAAGAGCAGCUGCCUGGAAGAUCUUGCAUCCAUGAUAGAUCAGAACAGCAAAGAGGUCUCAGCGCUUAGCGUGUCAGCUAAAAGUGAUGUUCCAAGAAGGCGAAUAGCCACAGUGGAAGAGGUGCGCUACCCCUUAAAGCACGGAUGGCGAAGGGAGGUGCGCAUCAAGAAGGGCAGCAGCCGCUGGCAAGGAGAGACCUGGUACUAUGGACCCUGUGGCAAGAGGAUGAAGCAAUUUCCAGAGGUGAUAAAGUACCUGAGCCGAAAUAUUGUGCAGAACGUCCGCCGUGAACACUUCAGCUUCAGUCCCCGAAUGCCAGUAGGAGAUUUCUUUGAAGAGCAGGAUUCACCUGAGGGCCUGCACUGGGUCAAGUUGACGCAUGAGGAAAUCCCCUCACGUAUCCAGGCCAUCACAGGCAAGCGCGGCCGACCCCGCAAUACUGAGAAAGCCAAGGCUAAGGAAAUGCCCAAGGUGAAACGUGGCCGGGGCCGACCUCCCAAAGUGAAAGUGCCUGACCUGCUGAGCAAGACAGAUGCCCGGGUUCUGAGAAGACUGGAAGCGCAAGAUGUGCUCAGCGAUGAAGAUAAACUGAAGAUGAACAAGAUCAAAAAGAAGAUGAGGCAGAAGGUACAAAAUAAGCAGAAACAGGAAGCCAAGGCACAGAAGCAGGAAGCCAAGGUACAGAAGACGAAGGAGGUCAAGAGUAAGGAAGUCAAAAAGAAGCCUAAGCCCCAGAUAAAGAAGGAGAAAAUCAAGCCAGAAAAGAUUAAAGCAGAGAAGCUGAAGGAAAAAGUGAAGAUGAAAGAAAAGGUGAAGCCCAAGGAAAAGAAGGUAGUAGCAUCAGCAAAGGUGCCUCGGAAGGUAGAUAAGGUCCUUGCACAGCGGCGGCAGGAAGAACGGCAGAGGCAGCAAAUGAUCCUGGAGGAGAUGAAGAAGCCCACUGAGGACAUGUGUCUAGGGGAUCACCAGCCUCUGCCGGAGUUUUCUCGCAUCCCAGGAUUGGUUUUGCCUAGUCAUGCCUUUUCAGACUGCUUAGCCAUUGUGGAAUUCCUGCAUAACUAUGGCAAGGUGCUGGGCUUUGAUGUAGCCAAGGAGGUUCCCAGUCUGAGUACCCUGCAAGAGGGCCUCUUCAAUGUAGGCGAUAGUUUGGGGGAAGUAUUGGACCUCCUAGUAAAGCUGGUGAAGGCUGCACUAUACGACCCUGGCCUGCCAUACUGUCAGUCACUGAAGAUCCUUGGUGAGAAACUGUCUGAGAUUAGCCUGAACCGUGACACUGUGUCUGAAGUCCUUCGCUGCUUCCUCAUAGCCUAUGGGGCAGAUGAGAAUCUGUGUGACAGCUUGCGCACUAAACCCUUCCAAGCACUGUCCCCAGACAGGAAGGCUGCUGUCCUGGCUUUCCUGGUCAAUGAACUCAACAGUAGCGCCCUUAUCAUCAAUGAAAUUGACAAGACUCUAGAGAACAUGUCUAACCACAGGAGAAAUAAAUGGAUAAUUGAAGGAAAGUUGCGCAGAUUAAAGAUUGCCCUAGCCAAGAAGACUGGACGUCCCGAGUCAGAAAUCACUGGCUUGGAGGAAGGGCGAUGGCGACGGAGCUCACGCAUCAAUGAAGAGAACGAAGAUGUGGAAAUGGAGGAGGAAGAGAGAGGCAGAGCAUACAGGACCCGAAAAGACAACGAAAAUGACACUCCAGUUUCCAGUGUGCCUGAGCUGGAGAGGCAAAUUGAAAAGCUUUCCAAGCGCCAGAUGUUCUUCCGCAAGAAGUUGCUCCAUGCUUCCCAGUUGUUACGAGCUUCAUCACUGGGGCAGGAUCGAUAUCGACGCCGGUAUUGGGUCCUGCCCCAUCUAGGUGGGAUCUUCGUAGAAGGCUGUGAGGUCUCAACAGUAGCUUUCCCUGAGGUGCCCAAGAACACACUGGAAAAGGAAGCGGCUCUGAAGGAGGAGGAGCGUGAGGCAUCACCCAUCAAAAAGGAGACCACCGACACGCCACCAGUGACAGAUUACACGAAUUGCACAACUUCUCGGUCAUGGAACCGGCCAUGGAGGGAUAGCGUGGGGCUCCUGCAGCCAGAGUCGUUGGAGUCCAAGUUGCCAGAGGCCACGUUCACGCCUGUCAAUGGAUUUCUAGAAGACACUGAGCCCCUGGGCCAGUCCCAGCAUGACCUCAGCCAGUCAGCCUUCCUGUCCUGGCUCAGCCAGACACAGCAGGCGUCUUCGCUGCUGAACAGUUCUGUGCUUACCCCGGACAGCAGCCCUGGCAAAGGGGACUCCGUGGCCCCGGAUGAGCUGCCAGACUCUGCUGCGGAGGAUGAAAGUGUCCCAGGAACGCAGGUCGCCUGGUUCAACCUGCUGCCCAGGGGACCCUGCAACGACGUCCCACUUGCUACCUCUGUUGAACAACCCUCUCUAAAAGCUGCCCCUCCACAUUGCAAACCCUCUACCAGGGACCAGUCAAAGGCCUCAGCUCGGCAGCUGAACGGCCUCUCCACCAUCAGCCCAGGAUUGCCACCACUGGCCUCCACUCCUCUCCAUUCCGGCUCCAGGAUCCACAGUACUUGCUCCAGAGCCAGAGACGUCACCAGUAAGACCCAGGAACCUCUAGGGCAGCCGAGACGCCGUGGGCGUCCCCCCACUAAACUCUUCAAGCAAAUUGAGCAGAAAUACUUGACACAGCUAACGGCACAGCCUAUACCUCCAGAGAUGCGGAGUGGAUGGUGGUGGCUGCAGGAUCCAGAAGAGCUGGAAGCUGUGGUGCAGGUACUGCAUCCGCGAGGGAUCCGGGAGAAAGCCCUGCAUAAGCACCUUAUCAAGCACAAGGAUUACCUACGGGAGGUGUGUGCCCGAGCUGCCAAUGAUCCCAUCUUCCAGACGCAUCCUGAGGGUGCCAGCCACCCUGUCUCUCAGGAAGCCUUGGCUCAGUGGUCGAUGGCGGAGCGGGCCUUUGAGACUGACCUGUCUGUGCUUCAGUGGGUGGAGGAGCUGGAACAGAGGGUCCUCAUGGCUGAUCUGCAGAUCCGGGGCUGGACAAGUGGAAAUCCUGAUUCUGUUCGAAAUGAUUUGCAGUACUGUGAGCAUGAGCUGGAGCUUCUGGAAGACAUCACCGUCAAAAACCGGCGUGAGGGACCAGCCUUGCAGCGCGAAGCCACCCAUCCUCUAGACCUAGCAGUGCUCCGCCUGGCAGACUUGGAGCAGAACCUGGAACGGAGAUACCUCAGAGAGCCCCUCUGGCCUCCGCAUGAGGUGGUGGUAGAAAAAGCUUUGCUGAGUAACCCCAGUACCUUGGAGCUGGGUACCACAGAAAUUGCAUACGAGAUCACGCCCCGGAUGCGGAUGUGGCGCCAGACCUUGGAAAGAUGCCACAGUGCGGCUCAAGUUUCCCUGUGCAUCUACCAGCUGGAGCGCUCUAUUGCCUGGGAGAAAUCAGUCGUCAGAGCGACUUGCCUAGUGUGCCGAAAAGGGGAUGAUGAUGAGAACCUGCUGCUAUGCGAUAGCUGCGAUCGUGGCUGCCACCUCUACUGCCACCGGCCCAAGAUGACCGAGGUGCCACCUGGGGACUGGUUCUGCUCCCUCUGCAUUGCUCAGAUGCAUGGAGAAUACCAGGAUGACUAUGGCUCUCCACGACGUUGCAAGAAGCGGAAAGGCGGUAGUUCUGGGGCUUUUUUUGGGAAGGAAGAGCUCAGCCCUCGAUCUCGGGCAGCAGCAUCCCAGCAGCGCAGUAACCUGACGAAUGUGCCGCCCCGAUACUCAGGCGAAGGCCUCUCUCCCUCCAAGCGAAGAAGAGUGUCCACACGAGGCCAGAGUGCCGACCUCACCUUCUGCGAGAUCAUCUUGAUGGAGAUGGAAUCACAUGAAGCUGCCUGGCCUUUCUUGGAACCAGUUAACCCCCGGUUAGUGCCUGGCUACCGAAAAAUCAUCAAAAAUCCCAUGGACUUUGCCACCAUGAGGGCGCGGCUGCUGCGUGGCGGGUACACAAGUUGUGAGGAGUUUGCUGCUGAUGCUGCCCUGGUGUUCGACAACUGCCGGACCUUUAAUGAGGAUGAGUCGGAGGUGGGCAAGGCGGGCUUGGCCAUGCGCCAGUUUUUUGAGAGCCGGUGGGAGGAAUUUUAUCAGGGAAAACACGAGACGAGCCCAUGAAGCUGGCGGAAUGGGGGAGAGGUGGAGAGGAGCCAAAGGGGGGAAGCCCCUCCCCUUCCACCCUGUGCUGCACACUGUCUCUUCUGGAGCUCAUCUUGCUACCUGCUGAUCAAUUCCCCGCCCCCUCACAAUGACUGGACUCGGACUGGCGUUUAAGAAUGGGGGCGACGUUAGUCACCGCCUGGAUCCUCAGAAGCCCUUUCCUCACCUCUUCGCUCCAAGCAACACAAACUCUCUGACUGUGUAAGCCAAAUAAUAAAAAAAAAGUUUCCUUUUUUCAAAUGGAAAAACAACCACCCACGACCCCACCUUAGCUGGGGCUAUUUAAUAAUAGCAAUAGUUCUUAGUGAAUGUGUAAGAACACUUUUUUCUGUGCAGUGUCAGUACCAUGCAUUAAUGGCCAGUAACGUGGACGUUAAGUUUUCCUCCUUUUUAGAGUCGCGUUGAAAUGUAUAAAAGCAGAUCACUCCCUGCCUCUGGGAAUGACGACCUUGAUGACACUGAAACAUGCUGCUUCUAUUCCCUCCACCCCCACCCCAUUUGGCCCUCCCAAUUCUGUCCCUCUCCGCCCUGCUUUACCCUUCUGAGCGGCCGCCGUAGCUGUGGCCACUUCCUUCCUCCAAGUUUUUAAUUUCCUUUCUGAAACCGCGAGUAUGGCUAAGAGUUGGUGUGUGAUUGGGGAAAGAGUGGGACGUUAGGAGACUGUCUGUGCGGGUGCAAAGUGCUCAUCCCUCUCAAAGAUCUCAUCCCUUGCAGCCCCGCGUCCUUUGUUCAGCCAAGAUGUACUACUUCAUUUGGGAGGUGAUCCUAACACAAGCCCUUUGUAUGAAAGGGGAUCUUAAGGUCCCAGGUUUGAUUAAUCUAGAUCAACAUCCCCAUUUGCGCACACCUACUCUGCGUUGGUUUAUUCCAAAUUUCGUUUCUAAGGGAGUUGGACAAAAUGGGAAUAAUCCAGAAUAAGUGCCCACAAAGGAGACAAUAUCAACCAAAUCCUACUUUCCUUUAGGCAUGCAAACCACAGUUAAACUGGAUUAAACUUCUCACCAUACCCACCCCAACCCCAGCUUCACAGGGAACUCUUCAGCAGGGGCAGCUCAUGAAUCCAUUCUGGUACCCUAAAGCAGACUUCUGGGAGAAUGCCGUUCAUUUUCCCUCUGGUUGUGGGUCACAUGCUGGAAUGUAUUACUAGGCUACAAGGGACCAAAGUACAGGAGCGUGAGGGAGUGGGGGAUGAGGAGACCUGCAUCUUAGGAGGGGCUGUAUUUUUUAUGCCCCUUCCAGCUCAUCCGGAGAUCAUAUAAUGGGAUCCUGGUCUUAUUAAGUGUCUCCCCCUUCUCUAGAUUCUGCCCCAGUGUUAUUCCUCAGGGAUGGCUAUUGUCUACAAAGCUUGAUCUGCACUCUGUGUGUAUGUGUGGUGGGGUUAUUUCCUGCUUUGGAACAUGACUCAAUUUAUCAUAGGUAUUUUUACUCCCUGAGAGAGUUGUGGGAUUAACUCCCAUUGGAAAGGAAGGAGCACAGCCGUUCUGUCCUUUCAUGCAAUGGUGGACAGUACAUGGCCAGCCCACUAUUUUGGUGGCCCCCCACUGCGUCCCACGCCACUGCCACCACUGAGUUUCCUGCAGCUGUGGCAAAGGUGGCACCAGUUAAGUAAGAAAACGAGGCGCGGGUAGAGCGGGUGCCUUGUUUCCUUCCAACACUAGUGCAACUUUGGCCCCCAACAUGGCAAAUUCAGCAAGGGUCAGGUGCAGCCCCCAGUGGGUUCGGAAGGAAUCGAUGCAGCCCCCUGGCCCCCCUAAGUUGCCAUCCCUGCUUUAAUGGUUAUCUGAAUGUCAAAUUUGUUGAAGGACAAGAUGAUUGAGAACUACCACUGUUUCAUUCUCCUCCAUAUUGGAUUCCUGUUUCCUGACCAUGUUUUAACCUGUAGGAUCCGAAGUACAGUUUCUUUUGGUUAUUAUGAUUGGGAUUCAGUCUAAGCACAGCUUUGGACAUUACAUCGCAAGUGAAGACAAAGUAGUAAUGAGUGUAUCUCACUCACAUUGGGAUAUGUGUCACUGUGAAGGAGAUGUGCAAGUUCCUUCUUAGUGUGGUUAUGCAGGGAGUAUGAAAAGAGGAAGCCAGAGCAGCCCUUGCUUAAACGGCUGACACCUUUACUUAAUGUCCACAGCUGUCCUCAGUUUAAAGUCUGGAGCUGUUUGUAGGUAUUUCCUUUAGCUUUUGCCCACAUUUUCUGUGUCUCAGAUUACACAUGCAUACAUACCCCAUGUGAACGCUGUUAAUAUUUUAGCCUACUCCUUUUUUUAAUGCAAUUCCAAGUAUGUUCAGAGGGGGAAGAAUAAGUGUGGUUUGUUUUGCCCACAAUGAUUUUCUCACGUAGGCAAGGGCAUUUAUUGCACCAUGGCACCAGUGCCAGAACCAUCUAAACCAGAAUUGGUUCUAAACCUGCAAGAAUAGAGCCGUGUGUGUGUGUAGGAGGCCCAACAGCAGCCACUGUUCAGAUGAGGCAUGGAUUACGCUAGCUUUGGGGAGUGACUGAACAGUGUGCACAAUCCACUGGGAGCAUCUCCUGAAAGCUCCAUAGAGAUGAAUGAAUGGAAACAUGCAAGUACGUCACUAUCUGGCCUGUGUAGGAGCUAUCUUAAGCAAGUCUGAUGCAAAUCAGAACUUUGCCCCCCUUUUUUUCAUAGCACACGGCUGCAGGUGUUUGCAUUUGGAUUUCUGGUGCCAGACACUUGGCAGAUUCAAAUAUUGUGCUUGAAGCCAGACAAUCCCCUGUUCAGUCACUCUCUCCACCAUUUGUCUCUUAGUGAAUAAAGCAAGGAAAGUAUAGAUGUCACAGCAAAGGUUUUCUAAAACAAAAACAAAAACCCAACAACAACUAGUCCUAAAAAGAAAAGCCCCUGAGGCAGCUAUUAACAAGCAUAAGAAAAAACUGUCCAUCUUUGUUGUUCACAGUGCAGUAUUUCCCUGUCAGUCAUCCCCUCAUGGUACAUGGGUGCCUACUUGAAGUUUGUACUCUUAAGUAAUAACAUGAUCUGGGAGUACCUGCCUCAUGUUGCUGAGUGAUGGUUUCUAGGGAGACUGCUGGCUAGGGAAACAUAUGUUCAAACCACACUAUGUUCAGGAUCAUGGGCUUUGAGGCCCCUCCUAUCCUAGACCACCCCAACUGCCUGCUGAGCUAGAAUGGGGGGCACUGCUGUUGCUGGCUUUCCUCCAGGCUCUGUGCCAGAAUGCUGUUCCAGCAUUCCUUAGGCUGGUGCAGGGACAAGGAGGCCCAUGGGACUGAUUGGAGGAAACAGCUUGGUUCUUUCACUUUUCUUCCACCACUUCGGGUGGAUCAGAGGGUUAAAAGCCACCCCCUGGAACCUUAACUCCCUUGCUGCUUUUCAUACCCAGCCUAGCUCCAUUGUAAUUACGGGUAUCACUUAGGGGCAGAAAAAUGGCUGGCAGGGUCCCAUCAGGAAAUGGCUUUCCUCCCUGAUAUCCCACCUGUGCUACAUCUGAGUGAGGGGUGUGUGUGUGUGUGUGUGCAUGUGUGUGCACGUGCGUGUGUGUGUUUCCCCCUACCCGCGUCGACCAAUCCAAUUGCAAGAGCACUGAUGUAAGUAAAACGUAACCACGGGUGAUGUAGCCUGGAGACCGAAACCUCCCUUACUGUGCUUCCUCCACCCCAAACUCACUCCUCCCCCCUCCCAUGGUUUUCAACAAAACGUAGCCUUUUUCUAUCAAAUAACCUCAAACUUUAUUUUAUUUUAAAUUUGGGGUUUUGUUUUUUUGUUUUUUUGCUUUUAAAAUAAAGAGAUAGAUUUGAAGUCUAUUUGAAACUGACUUUAUAUUAUGCAUAAAUAUUUAUAUUUUAUCUAAACUUGUGCUGUAACAACUUCUUUUGGGGUUUUUUUAAGUAAUGUUUUUUUUCCUGAUCUGUUGGGGAUUUUUUUUCUCAGUCAUGAGAAAGUUCUAGAGUUUUGAAAGUGUUAAUUGUUGGGUUUUUGUUUUGUUUUGCUAUAGAAAUGUUGACUUUUUAGAUUCAAACCCUCACACCUUAAAAGAAUGAAUCCAGGUUUGUCCUAAUAUUGAUCUUCAUUAGGGGAUAUGGUCUAUCAAUCAGUUUCUAAAUACCUUGUUGUUUUUGAAAGUUAUAUGGACUUUUUUUUUAACUAAAUUUGAGAAUCACAACUAGAAUUGGCCUUAUUAUUAUUUAACCACUGGCUUUUUCUUCCCCUUUCAUCUUGAUUUGAUAUCAGAAAGGAACCAACCAACCCAUCAUCCUGUGAGAUGCUCUGAACAGCAUGAAGGGGAGGGGAUCAAACUUUUUAUAUGAAUAACCAAAUGUGUUUGUUUUAGUGAAUUUUUGAUAAUGUACAGUUUUUUGUGAAUUUAAAUUGAUUUCUUUCUAUAUUUUUAGGACCAACCUCAUUUUUAAUAAGGUUUAAAAGGAAGAAAAAAAAUCUAGAAUUCCUGUUUGUUUCCUUGUGAUGUUUCCACAAGUACAGAUGUUAGAGUGCUUGUCAAGUUUCAAAGAAUAAACAAAAACCAAUCCACGUUUGAUAGAGAAGAA